AUGCUCGGUUCCUAUACUCCGAAAUCAUUUGACGAAGAUACCAUUGAUUCUAACGAACCAGAAGUUGGUAAAUUUGUCAGACAUCCAGAUCUUAUUGAAAAAGCUAAAGUGCAGAAAACAAAAAAAGACCCCUUCAAGAAGGCUAAAGAACAUUAUGAAAAGUUGAAGUUAGAGAAAUUGCAGAAGCAGCAAGAGUUGGAGAAAUCCAAACAAGAGAAGGCGCAGAAGUUGCAAGAAUAUAAGAAGAAGAAACAAGAACGGUUCAAGAAACUUAGCAAGAAGACAAAGAAAGGACAGCCAGUGAUGACGGGCAGAUUAGAGUUAUUAUUGGAGAAAAUACAGAAAUGA